AUUACUCUGUAAGAAAUGUCUCAUUACAAAGUAAAAGUGGCCACGGGAGAAGAACCAUUUGCUGGAACCGUCAAUUAUAUCUAUAUUGUUCUUGUGGGGGAUAAUGGAGAAACCCCUAAACAAAAACUGGAUAAUUUUACAAUAGACUUCGUCCCGGGAGCUGUUGAUGAAUACACGAUUUCUAGUAAGGAAAAUAUUGGGGAGAUACUGUAUGUUCGACUCUACAAGGAAUAUCAUCUAAUACAAGAUGAAUGGUUCUGCAAAUAUGUAACUGUGACAUCUCCAAAAGGUGAUUUAUAUCAGUUCCCAUGUUACCAGUGGCUGUCAGGCAACUCAACCCUGGAAAUCCCAGAGGGAAAAGGAAAAAUAUUAUUGGGUGAUGUAAAUCCUCUGAUUGUGCAACAACGAAGAAAUGAACUGGAUGAGAAGAGAAGUUCACACAGGUGGAGAUAUUAUUCCGAUGGGAUGCCCUAUUGUAUAGAUGUGGACAACUUUACAGAUCUGCUACUGAAUGACCAGUACUCCUCCACAAAAAUGACAAGUUUAAUCACUACUAGAGCAUCAACGUAUCUUUCUAGUGAAGUAGAUAUCUUGAAGCAAAAAGUGAAGUCAUUAAAUAAAGAACUUCAAGAUACCAGUGGAAAGUUAACUGAAGCAGAGCAGUUUAAGAACAAGUUGCAAGAUAAAUGCAUUUCUCUUGACAAGAAACUUUUGGAAAAUGAAGUUGAUUUGGAAGAAAAACAAAAGCUAAUUUAUUCUGUGCAGAAAUUAGAACUCCAGCUUGACGCAUGUGAAAAAGCUCUGGCAAAGAAGCAGUUUCAGAUUGAUGAACUGAACAAAACCAUUGACAAACACAAGGAAGAUGUAGAGACAAUAGAACUUCUUCAAGCUCAGACACUUCUAUAUCAGGUGUCUCAAAUAUGGAAGGAGGACACCUUUUUUGGUUACCAGUUUCUGAAUGGAACAAAUCCUCUGCAAAUCCGGAAAUGCCUCCAAAUCCCAGACAACUUCCCAGUGGAUGAUAAAAUGGUAGCUGCGUCUCUGGGGACGUCCACCUCACUCCAGGAUGAAUUACAGAAUGGAAACCUCUUCCUGGCUGAUUACAAGAUUCUUCAAGGAAUCCAAGCCAAUACCAUCAAUGGCCAACAACAAUACCUCGCUGCCCCGCUGUGUCUUCUGUGGAAACAACCCUUGGGGGAUAUUGUUCCCAUUGCUAUUCAAUUGGGUCAAACCCCAGGUGAAGACACCCCUAUUUUCCUGCCCAGUGACCCUGAGUGGGACUGGACCUUGGCCAAGAUGUGGGUGCGCAAUGUUGACUUCCAGGUUCAUGAAGCUUUAUCUCACUGGCUUUACACCCAUCUCUUCGCUGAGGUCUUUACUAUUGCAACCACCAGACAACUUCCGAUGGGCCAUCCAGUUUACAAGCUCAUUAUCCCUCAUCUUCGAUACACUCUGAUGAUCAAUGUUCUCGGUAGACAAGCUCUUUUCAAUCCUGGUGGAACGUUUGAUCAGAUUAUGACAAUUGGAAUCAAAGGAAUGCAGGCUCUUUCGAAGAAAGUAGCAGCAGAGUUGACAUACGACUCCCUCUGUGUCCCUAAAGAUAUCGAGAACAGAGGGAUGGAGUCCAUCCCAAAUUACUUCUACAGAGACGAUGGGAUGAAGAUCUGGCUGGCCAUAGAGAGCUUUGUCUCGGAGAUCGUCCACUACUAUUAUAAGGAUGAUGGCUCCGUGUCGGAGGAUCCGGAGCUCCAAGCGUGGGCGGGAGAAAUCUUUACAAAAGGAUUCCUGGACAAUCAAUCCUCAGGCAUUCCGUCCUCUUUGGAGACCCGGAUGGAAAUGGUCCGCUACCUGACCACGAUGAUCUUCACAUGUUCCGCGAAGCAUGCGGCGGUAAACAGUGGCCAGUUUGACUUCUGCUCCUGGAUGCCAAAUUGUCCAUCAUCCAUGAGGAAGCCCCCUCCAACAACGAAAGGCAAAGCCACAUUGGAGAGCAUCCUGGAGACCUUGCCACAAGUUAACACAACAACUACCACCAUGAGUACAGUCUGGGAGCUGAGCAACGAACCCAAGGACCAAAGACCUCUCGGUAAUUAUCCAGAGGAGCGUUUCACGGAGGACAUGCCCAAGAAAUUAAUUCAGGAUUUCCAGAAGAAGCUGUCUGAGAUUUCCAGUCAAAUUAAGGAGAGGAACAAGACCAAGAGUCUGACUUACCCGUAUCUGGAUCCUGAGCGGAUUGAGAACAGUGUGUCCAUUUAA